CAUGAACCUUCAAUACCCAUAAAUACUUGUAUUGCGUGUGUUUUGUACAAUGGAAAACAGUAUACUCUGUUAUAAGAACAUUCGGGUUAAAACUGGAUGCCAAACAUGCCGGAAACGACGAGUGAAAUGCGACGAACUCAAGCCAAUAUGCAAAAGAUGCAUCAAAGCCAAUGUCAUCUGCGACGGCUACCAGAAAAAGAGAUCCGUCCCAUCUCCAAAACCAGGGAUCAAGACACCGCCAUGCACAGAGGCAGAGACGGAAUCAACCUCAGUUUCCAGUAUUGAGCGCACGGCUUCAUCUUCGCCAGAGUCUGCUAGAUAUUUACCGUCUCCGCGAUCACCUUUUUCAGCACCGAUACCACCCUCUCCAAGGACAAGGCACCGCUCUGAACUCGCCUUUUACCACCACUUUGUAACAAGCACCGCGCCGCGGCUCUUUGACCUGGAGCACAUCACCUUCUGGCGGGAUCACGUUGGCAGCAUGGCGUGGGGAAAUGACUUGGUCUUUGAAGCAGUCUUGGCCAUUGGAGGAAUCCAUCAAGCCUACCUUCUCUCGGCCUCAGAAUUGACCGCUGAAAGCAUGAUGCAAUCCAAAGUCUCUGGACUGCGCUCAUACGGAGAAACCCUGAGUCUGAUGGAGUCACAGACGAAGAAGCAUGGAUGUACUAAUAUGCAACCGGCCAUUGUCGCCGGUGUGUUGCUUGCAUAUUGCGAGUGCAUCAUGAAUCAUAUCAAGCCUGCUGCAUUGCAUCUAAAAGCAGCUGGGCAGCUUCUAAGACCAAAUCUCUCGCCGGAUAUGUCACCGUAUCCUGCUAGCUAUGAGGCAUUGCACGCCACAAUUGCAAAGCUGGACUUCCUUGCUCAGAGUAUCGUGCCAUAUUCACAACCAUCCAUCCAGAAAGACUCGUUUGAUGCUUGCAAUUAUAUGGGUGUCCCUGAUUCAUCUUCUGAAGGAUCCGUCCGUCGCUCAGUCUCCAGCGAACGGGUUGAACUUGUCCAGAUCAUUUCCAGGUUUAACCAUCUUGACAACAUUAUUUGGGGCCCAUGGUCUAGCAAAUCUUCGCGACCAACCUCAGAAGCUCUGUCGCGUUUCCAGAUGGAUUUGCUGUAUUGGAGGGUCAACUCGCUUUUAACAUUUGAUGGAUGUUCGGAACCUUUGGCAAUAUUGCCGGAUUGUGGCGAACCACUGGACGAGCUUUCCAUCCCUCCGGAACCUCUCUUCUUCCAAAGCAGUUAUUCAGCUCUCAGUGCUGCACUUUACAAUAAUUACAUGGCGUGUAGCUUUUCCAUGCUUUCUAAUGGACAUGACCUUGAUCGCAAUGCGCUGUGUGCUUUCCACUACGUCUAUCAAAAUCUGCGCAUCGCUGAAGGAUUGACUGCCGCGACUCUACAAGACAGCGAAAAUGUCGAUAUAAACAUCUCGCUUUUGUUAUAUCUCGGCUUUCGCCGCUGCUACUCUAGAGAGUGGCAGACAUGGACAAUUCAAAAGCUUCGUCAAUGUGGGCAACAAGGACUACUCGAUGGCAGCGCAUUUGCAAAUACGCUCGAAAACAUAUACCAUCUGCAGCUACGAGCUGAUCUUCAGUCAAACUACGCCAUGAAACCCACUUACAAUACCACUGGUCUUUUGCAUUCGAGAAUUCUUCCACUGCUUCAACCAAAAGACGAGAGCGAUAAAUGGGUGGCCUACUACCUAAGACCAACUGCAAAUCUUGACCAUGAAGACGUUACUUUGUGCAUAAUUGCGCGAGCUGCCUGGAGACAGGAUAAACGAGGAAACAUGGCCUCUGUUCAGUUUGACUUUUACGAUAAUUUGGCUGUUGCUGACGUUGAUGUGACGGGUCUUCGUGACUGGAUCCAAUCGCUGGAAGCAUCAUCGUUACCUCGAGAUGAAUCAAUCUGACAUCGGCAUUACUGAUUAUCUUAAUAAACUUAAAUGUUGAUCAAUUUAUC